GUAGUUUAGGAAAUGAUGCUGACGGCUGUUUGAAUGAAACCAGGAGGCAAACUGUGUGGUCUUUCUAGCAGCUUUAUUUUGAAGGGCCCAGGCGGAAGCCCGCGUCUCUCACCGCGCGCACAGCGACGCGCUAAACGGCCCGAAGCGACGUCAUCAUGUGUGGAAGUUAACUAACGUUCCGCAUACCGACGAUAUGGACGAACCGCCGCUGUUCACCUUCGGAGUGAUAGCCGACAUCCAGUACGCGGACAUCGACGACGGCUACAACUUCACCCGGACGAGGCGGCGCUACUACCGGGGCAGCCUGCGCCUGCUGACCAACGCCCGCAGAAGUUGGUCGGAGUCGGGCGUCAAACCAGAGUUUAUCCUCCAGCUGGGAGACAUCAUCGACGGCUUCAACAAGGGCCGCGACUCCUCCGACCGCGCGCUGGACGCCGUGCUGACGGAGUUCGGCUGCGGGCUGCCGGAGGUCCACCAUGUGUGGGGCAACCACGAGCUGUACAACUUCAGCAGGGCCGCGCUGCUGCGCUCCAGGCUCAACGGCACCGCCCGCCCGAGCGGGGCCCCGGCCGACGACGGCACCGCCCGCCCGAGCGGGGCCCCGGCCGACAGCCAGCUGUGCGCCUACCACUUCAGCCCGUUCCCCGGGUUUCGGUUCGUCGUGCUGGAUGCGUACGACGUGAGCCUGCUGGGCAGAGAGACGUCCAGCGACCAGUACAGCGACGCCAUGGCCGUGAUAAAACAGCACAACAACAACGAGGACCUCAACUGCCCGCCCGUGUUUGUCGGGCAGCUGCAGAGGUUCACCAUGUUCAACGGGGGGUUCGGUAAGCAGCAGCUGGACUGGCUGGAUUCUGUUCUGUCCACGGCCGAUGACAAACAGGAAAGAGUCACAAUAGUCAGUCACCUCCCCGUCCACCCCUGGUCCACAGCUGACAUCUGCCUCGCCUGGAACUUCGAUGAGCUCCUGGCCAUCAUACGGUGCCACGGCAGCGUGGUGUGUUUCAUGGCUGGACACGACCACGAUGGUGGAUACUACCAGGACGAAGGCACAGGAGUGCACCAUGUGACGUUCCCGGGGGUGAUUGAGACUCCACCUGACAGCGACGCUUUUGGUACAGUGUCUGUGUACAAAGACCAGAUGGUGCUGAAGGGGUACGGCAGGGUCACCGACCGAGUGCUUCACUUUCCAUCCUCUUCCAAGAGGCACGCAUCGUAGGGCAAUAUGAGACAUCCCGUCAUUUAUAUUCAUACGAUUCUGGAGCGGUUGACCCGCAUGGCUCAUUUAGACAAUGUUUGUUCCAUUCUCUGGAGAAGUGUGGGAAUUUUACACUUGUCACUUUGAAGUUCUUCUCAGAGAAAGGAAAUCCUCAAAUCGACUGACUUUAAUAGUGAAAGUACUACACCUUCAGUGAAAAGUAGGGCACAGGGGGGAAUCCUUUUGAAUGUAAUGACUUUGAUACCUAUUUAAAAACACAGAGCGGCAGUGGGAGCGGUCCACUUCCUCUGCAAGGCACAUGCAGUAUCUCGAAUACUUUAUUGCACUUGUAUUAGUGUGAAGUAUACUUGACACUGGUUGUAUUUUAAUUUGAAGUUUAAAUUAUAUCACAAAAGAUUUGUACUGCAGUUUACAUGUUACUUAACUGCAAAUACAUGAACUUAUUUUCUGUCACUGUUAAUUGCGAAAGCAUGAAUUGCACAUUUUAGUGAGAUUUGAUUGGUGCACUGUAUUGUAAAAUAUACUUUAUAUAAAUAUAUAAGUCCAAGUUCUGCACAAGAUCAGAGCCAAGCUGCAUAAAUCACAAUGUAAAACUAUUUAACAAAUAAUACAAAUAUUCUAUCAGUAGUUCUGUGCCUGUCCAAAUGUCCCUGUCACGUCUCUGGUACUUUGUGAUCUUUGCUUGGUGUUUUAUCAUUCAUUCAUAUCACCAUCAUCACUUCAUUUUCAUACGCGAAUGACAGGAGGUCUUUUCCUUUUGUCUUUAUUUUACGCAGCAAAACGUCAACUUAAUAUACAAUUGAUCAAUUCUGUCACACCGUAGAUAAACGAUAUGCUCUCGUGCCUCAUGCAGCUCUUGUGUUUCAUGACGUCAAUACAUGGAGACACAAGUAGCGUCGAUCCAACAUGAGUGUUUUCAAUAUAUGUUACAUAUCUCUAGUUCCUGCACAAUGAGCGUAAAUUAAAUGAUUAAUAUUCCCCAAAUUCCAAUGAAGUAAUACAUACCCAUAAGACUGUAUGUACACUGUAAACUGUUAACAGUUCAUAUAUUGUCUAUAAUUUGUAGUAAAAAAAGUAUUGGUUCAGGCACUGUUUAAAAGUAUUGUUUUAGCACUGGUAUCAGGAAAAAGACAAACAAUACUAGUGGAUCAUUGUAAACAUAAAAACAUUGAAUGUAGGGGAACGCUGUGUAAGCUUUGGUAUCCUCAUUCUUAGUUUAAAUACUACAUUUUCUCACUUUUUCAUGUAUAUAUGAGAUUUCACAAAAUGUUUGGUCAUGGAAAUCCAUUGGUCAAAAUGUGAAUGCACCCAGGAAUUAAUUACAAAUGGCAAUUUUGCAUCUCAAAAUGUUGACCAGCAGAUGGACUUACAUUGAAUAUAAGUAAUGGACAGGUUUAUGUGCCUUUCUCUAGUAUCUAGCAAUCUCCAUGACGACUGAGCAACUACAUCCCCUGACCAACUUUGAGAUGUGAUGAAAAGAUGUGAUUCAACUAGUAAGACGCCCGUCGAGCUAUUGUUGACUACUUAUUCAAAGGUGAAAGGUAUUUAAAUCUAAGAACGCACUUUGACAAAUUGACAGACUGCAACUGUUUGAUUGUGAAAAUAAACUGUAAAAGCACUGAUAUGCUCAGCGAUGAAA